UGGUGAACAAAGACAUAUUGCUCUCGUUACAUUUCACUUCCUCUCUGGUGAGACCUCUGCAGCAAACCAAGACGAAGACAUACUAACAUUUAAGAGUUUGAUUUACCCAUCACCAGACAACCAAAUCAGAAGCUGCUUUGCCUGGACCAGUCAAAAUGUCAUAUUCUGUGACAAAGGGUGAGGGGGUGAUGGUCUUCACUCUGACCUCUGACCCAGCAAGCAGCUGCCCAUUGCUGUGCCAGCUUCUUGGGACCUUGUUCUGCAGCCCUGCAUGUGCAGUGUCCGAGAGACUCAGGAAACUCCUGGGUGGCGCUCAGUCAACACUGGGGACAAUACAAAUCAUGGUGGGGCUGUUUACCAUUGCCCUUGGCACAAUAUUCCUCCAAACCUACAGUGGUCCAUAUUUCUUAUGGGCUAUUGGGGCCCCCUACUGGCUGGGUGCAAUGUUUAUUGUCUCUGGAAUCUUGUGUAUCCUGGCUCAGGGGUUUCCCAGCCCAUGCUUGGUAUUCCUAACUAUGAUGAUGAAUCUGGUGAGCGCAAUCCUGACUGUGGCUGGCUUCGUGUUCUACUUGGUGGAUGAGGGAGGGAGGGAGGACUGGAGGUGCCGAACAGAUAACGAGUAUAAUAGAUACGACCCCACCAAAAUGGAUUCCAUCGGCCAGAGUAACUUCGACAUUUGCGUGACCUAUAAGCCCCUGUUGUUGACUCUACAGAUCGGUCUGAGAGUCAUGCUGAUUGUUUUUGACAUACUCCAGUUCUGUGUCACCAUCAGUGCAGUUGUUCUGAGCAUAAAGGCACUGAAGAAGAAUAACAUGGGAAAGGACCCUGAUCUUAAGAGGUCAAUCCUGGAAGAGGAGACAGCCAAUCCAACAGUUUAGAGGAGGCCCCACCUCCUGGAAUAGGCGACGGCCAAUCCCACAUCUCAGAGGAGCGCCCACCUUUCCUGUCACUUCUUACCUAUCUCACUGUGUGUGGGCAAUGUGGGGUUCUUCUUUGGAAAGGCAAACCCCAAGCAAGCAUUUAGUUGGACACACUGAAAAUUAAUAAUCGCAGUUAAAAAGUCUGCAGGUAUUAACAGAAUAAACAACUAACAUGUCUGAACUGAGGUAAGCACAUAGUAAGGUAUACAGCAUCAACAUUUUUAAACAAAGCAUCAUGAUUCUGACAUUCAUGACUUCCAGAUACCAAUGUUUCUGCCAUUUUCAUGGCUUUUUUGUCAUUCAUGUACUGUCUUUUGUGUAGCUCUUGUUUGGUAUUGGUAAAGGUGGUAGAAUGGUGAUAAUGGGGUCUGUUUAUAACAUUCCCAUUCUUAAAUCCUUGCCGGCACUCCUUCAUUCACACCUCCAUUGAUUACCUGGACUGGGAUGCAGUCCCUGCCUUCUGUGGAGCCUUAAUUUGAUGCUUGGUGCAUCCCACUAAACACUUUGCCUGGGUUUCACUGUCAAAGUCUCCUUUUGAUUUUUUUUCUAUACAAUUUGCAUAUAUUUCCAGCUCCAGUUAGAAAUACAUGCUGAGUGACAUUUGCCUAUUUAUGACUUCUUGUGUUUAGACAGAUGUUCUCUAUUUUAAUCAGCAAAAUGAAAUACUCAUGGUAGGUGAUCUUGGGGUCUGAGCUUGUGGUACUCCUUCAGACAACUUUUAUCAUGGCAUGGUACACUUCAACAUUUAAAGUACAAGCCAUGUUAAUAACUUUUAAUACUUAUAUGUGUCAAAUUCUUAGGUGAACAACUGAAUGUUUCUGAACUUUCUCCUGAAAGCCUAGAACCAUACUGUCAUCCUCCAGUCUACAAUGUAAGACAGAUUAGCCACUAAAUGGAGCUUUUCAUCAGAGUGACUGGAAAUGAUACAAAUCCCUGCUAAAAAGAGGCUGCCUUUUUCCAGGAACAGCUUUUUGAUCAAACACACCAUGAAAAAUUUCUGAGUGUAUCUUGUGAAUAGUGACAAUCCAGAUCAGUUUGCCUAUAUGAUUCUUAGGGUCCUUCAAUGACCUGAGAGGUAUCAGUGGAAAAAAAGCUUUUUGGACAUUUUUUAAAAAUAUUUCUAGUAAGGCCAAUGUGUCAUUAAUUGGAGCAGGAGGGUUGGUUUCUAGGCUUAUGGGAUAUCCAUGAAAUUGCUCAGUCGUGUAUGUAAGCGCUAAACACAAUCAUAAACAUGUUUGUAAUUUGGGCCAAAAUGCUCAUUGGUAUUCAAGUCAAAUUUAAAAUAUGGAUUCAGCCAUUUUGUUCAAAUGGUGAUUUCUUCAAUUGCCCUUACUUUCAGACAAGAAAACAUUUGAGAGAAUAUUCUCAAUCUAGGCUGUUGUUGUCAUAAGUCUGUCAUCAUUUACAAAUGCUUAUAUUGUUUUAAAGCUUUUCAUGGACAAGCACACAUGUGCAAAAAAAAAACAAAAAAAAGAAACAAAACCCAAAAACUACAAAAAACAAAAACCUGACAUUUUUGAAGUGUUUGAAAGCUACUUCCCACUAAUGUUUUAAACCAAUCUGAACUGUGUAUGAAGUACUAAAUAAAAUCCUUUCAUG